AUGGAGUCGACUCUCUUCAGCAACGACGAGAUCCUCUUCCUCACGACGCUCUUCAAGGACGACGUGAUGGCGCCCAACCUCUUCGCGAUCUCGCUCGACUCGGUUGAGACGCGCCCUCCGCUCUUGCCGUCGUCGUUUCAGGCGCUUACGCCACCUGCGUCUUCGACCAUGCUCCGCCCUACGCUUAGCUUCAGUCCGCUGGAGAAGACGAGAGCCAGCAUGCCGCCGCUCAAGGGCCCAUCCCUCGCGCCCAAGCAGCUCUUGCCGUCGACACCUGGGUCCUCGAGCCGUGGCCUCUGCCGCGUGCCGCAUUGCACCAAGCGCAUUCGGUCGAAAGGCCUCUGCAAAGCCCAUGGCGGCGGUCGCAAGUGCAUCAUGGCCGGCUGCGGCAAGGGCGCGCAGAACGGAGACUACUGCAUCGGACACGGCGGCGGCAAGCGCUGCAAGCACGAGGCGUGCACGAACGCAGCGCAGUCACAAGGACUCUGCAAGGCCCAUGGCGGUGGGUCGCGCUGCAAGGCCGACGGAUGCAUGAAGAGCAGUCAAGGCCGUGGCUACUGCCGGUCGCACGGCGGCGGGCGGCGCUGCGAGGCGGUCGGUUGUUCCAAAGGCGCGCAGCGCGGCAGUUUUUGCGCAACGCACGGCGGCUUCCGGAGCUGCCACGUCAAAGACUGCACGCGCACAGACCGCGGCGGCGGCUACUGCGAGGUGCACCGCCAAGACAAGCUGUGCAUCGUGGCCGACUGCAAGAAGCUGCAAAAGUCCAAGGGCAUGUGCACUGCGCACAUCCGGGAGCUGCGAGCCGACCACAACUGCUGA